AUGGACUAUAAUUUCGAAACCAAUCGACCGAUGAAACAUGUCGAGCGGAAAGCCCUAUACACCCGGCUCGAAGCGCGGAUUGAAUACCUGCGGGACUUUCUGGACUUCAACUCAGGAGACGUCGAAGCCCUCGUCGCCGGCAGCAAAUACAUCAAGGCGCUGAUCCCCGCGGUCGUCAACAUCGUAUACAAGAAACUGCUGGACAGCGACAUCACGGCGCGGGCGUUCCACACGCGCGACACGGCCGACGAGACCCCCGUCGAGGAGUUCUUCUCCGAGGACAGCCCGCAGAUCCAGCGCCGGAAGAUGUUCCUGCGGUGGUACCUGAUCAAGUUGUGCUCGGAUCCGUCGCAGAUGGAGUUUUGGCGCUAUUUGAAUAAGGUUGGAAUGAUGCACACCGCUCAAGAACGCCUCUACAGCCUCAACAUCGAAUACAUCCACAUCGGCGCCUGCCUGGGUUUCAUCCAAGACAUCUUCACGGAGGCGCUGAUGUCGCACCCGCACCUGUCGCUGCCGCGCAAGACGGCCCUCGUGCGUGCCAUCAGCAAGAUCAUCUGGAUCCAGAACGACCUGUUUGCGAAGUGGCGCAUCCGCGACGGCGAGGAAUACGCCGACGAGAUGUCCGAGAUCAACGUCGACGAACUCAAGGAGGGGUAUCUGGGCGAGAAGAAGAUCCUGGGCGACAGCAGCGGCGGGUCCGGCAGCUCGAGCGAUGACGAUCGCUCCAGUAUCCAUAGCCACAGUAGUGCGGCGGUGCCCCCGACGACCACUUCCGCGUGCCCGUUUGCUGAUCUGGCGAAGCCGGCGUCGGAGACGAAGAUCUGGGCCGGGGGGAAAUAA